AUGUCAUCCUUUUUCAAACCCAACAAGACUCGCAAGGCUGGCUUUUCCAUCAAACCAAAGGGAGCCGCAAGCAAUCGUCUGCGAGAUGCUGUUCAGCGUCUCGACCGGCAGAUGAGCGUGACUGGCUCCCCAGCACCUGAGGGCCCCACUGUGUCUGCCACAGCUUCCAACGUCGUGCCUCCCAGUCGCCGCACAUGUCCCAAUCCACAGUGUGCAAAUCCUUCUGCCCCCGUGGAUGAGGGUUACUGUACUGGUUGUGGUCGCCAAGUCGAGACUUUGGAGAUUGUCAACGAAAUCCAGUUUGGCGAAAAUGCUGCUGGAGCCGCCGUCCUUCAGGGAAGUUACAUGGGCGCAGAUCAAGCUGCUGCUCGUCUAGGAGGACCAGGCAUGCGUCGCAUAGGAGGUGUGAUUGGCGACUCCCGUGAACGAGUCAUUCGAGAGGCAAGGAACAUGAUGGCGCAAUAUGCAAAUCAGCUGAAAUUGUCCGACACUGUCAUCAACGAAGGCAUUCAGAUUUUCAAACUGGCGCUCAGUAUGAACUGGAUACAAGGUCGCGGCAUGAUCAAGGUUGUCCCUGUUUGUCUCUAUGCCGCCUGUCGAAGACAAGAUAGAUGUCGCGUUAUGCUCAUCGAUUUCGCCGAUUUAGUCAAGGUCAAUGUUUACGAGCUCGGCCAUGUUUUCAAAGGUCUCAACGAUAUUUAUGACUUUAGCCACAACAAGAUCAAGGCCAUCAUUCCCGAGGAUCUCAUGUAUCGAUUUUGCGAUAAGCUCGACUUUGGCGACAUGACGAGAGAUGUUGCCGAGCUUGCAGCACGUUUCUGUCAACGUAUGGGCCUCGAUUGGAUGGUCAUGGGACGGCGCCCAUCAGGCAUCUGUGGUGCUUGCAUCUUCUUGGCUGCUCAGGUGUGGGGCUUCCGUCGAACGGUCCGGGAGAUUGUCUAUGUUGUCAAGGUUACCAUGCAUACCAUUGAGCAGCGACUAGACGAGUUCAAAGUUGUGGAAAGUAGCGACUUGACCAUCGAGGACUUUCUCAAACAAGAGCUUUUGGAGUCGCGGCACGACCCGCCCUCAUUCUACCGUACACAAGCUGAGUACAUUCAGAAGAUGGAGCAGCGCCAGAAAGAGAGCGGACGGAAUAAGAGGAAGCGAGCCACUGAUGAUAUCGACGAGGAUGUCGAAGAUGAAGCCCAUAGUGGCAGUCUCCCAAGCAACUUGCCACCUCCGCGUCGGUCUGAACAGUCUAUGCCACCACCCCCGCUUCCGCCCCCAGACACAUCCAAGUUGCCUCAGGUUACACAAUUCCUGGAGAGGUCCAAGGAUCCGGAGACAGGGCAAAUGAUUCUUGAGGCUUUUGAUCCUAAUAACAUACCUGCUCCAGCACCUCGAGUCGCUGCCGCCGAGAAAGAUGUUGCAGAGGGGGUUGAUGCCGAGGACCCGACAGGCGAGGAGGCCAUCGAUCAUUUGGCUGAAACUUAUACCGAUGACACCAAUGAGACCGCCCAAGCAAAGCGUCGCAGAGGCAAGCGGGCACCCGUGGAACCUCUUUUGACCUUUAACGAGGAAUGGGAGAACGCGGAAGAAAUGCUUGUACAGCAGAUCGACGAGGUCAUCAGCGAUCCUAGCAGUGAUACUCAUAGAAAAGCUUUGGCUACUGCUGCUUACCAUGCUCGUGUCAAAGCCGCUUGGGCGCGCUCGCAAUUGCCCGUGCAAGAGACCAAGAUGGAUGAGGUCAUUGACCCUUCAGAGUUUGCCGACGACCCCGAAGUCCAGAACUGCAUGCUCGGCCCUGAAGAGAUCCAGCUCAAAGAACAGAUUUGGCUAAACACGAACAAGGAUUGGCUCCGAAAGCAACAGAAUAAGCUGUUUGAAAAAGAAAUGGAGGCUUUGGGGCCCAAGAAGAAGAAGCGCAACCGUCUCAAGAAACCGCGCAUUGGCGAAGGUCAGCUUACCCCAGCCAGUACUCCGGGUGAAGCCGCCGUCGCGACUAUGAAGAAGUUUACUAUGAGUUCACGAAUCAAUCUCGACGCGAUUAAGAACCUCUUCUCCGAAACUGGCAAGGGUGGACCGGGCAGUGUUGCACAAAGCAGCCGCGCUGAGAGCGAGGAUGGGAGUGAAGUUGGUGAUGCACAUGAAAGGCUUCAAGCAAAGACCAAGCAACACACAGCCACUUCUAGCAAAGAUGCCAACGCUGAUGCAAACGAGGAAGAAGAGGACGAAGAGGAGGAAGAUCAGGAGCCUUACGAGGACGAUCAAGGCUACGGAGAAGAUUACCAGGAAUAUGACGAAGGAGAGGAGGAAUGGUAUUAA